GUGGUCACUCUGGAAGCUGGGCGGGGGCCUCCCCGGGUGAGGACGGCCCCCCAGACCAGUACGGGGCUCCUCUCUCUGGUCCCGGUGUGCUCGAGUCGCCCUGUAUCUCCACGUGGGUGUGGAGGGCGCGUCGUGGAGAGGACGGACGGCUGUGCUCUGUGCUCUCACCGCCUAGGCUCCCGGCACCCAGCAGGGGUGUUGCACUGGGCUGCAGGGGAAGACCCUGCGAAGGGGAGUGUUGGUCAGGGGUGAAGGAGCCGCCGAGCACGCUUGCCUUGCUGUCCUGACUUUGGCGCCUGCCGGGGUCCAGCCCUGUGUGUGGGCUUCUCUGGGCUCAGGGCUGGGGCUCCCUGCUCGUGAGGGAUGUCGCAGUCAUCGUGGUGACCUGUCAGCUGGGUCCAGGAAGGUGCUCGGCGAGCUGUGGGAAUCACAGGGCGGCCCAGAGGCUCUUGUCCCUCUCAGAGGCCCCUCCUCACUCCUUGUCCUCUCCUCUGGUCCGGGAGGGACCUGGUGGGGAAGGUUGUUGGACACGAUCGCGAGUCCCGGGGACGAGUGAUCUGGGACUCCGCAGAGAGGUGUUAGCUGGGAGUUUCGUUUUGAUUUAGCUUGGGUUGGUCCGUUAGCUGUGCCCCCGGCGCGUCUGGUGGUUUUCUCGUCCUGUGUCUUCUGCACGGAGCUAACUUGGCCUUUCCCUCUGUUUUAGGGAGUCAGUACCAAAUGAGGAGGAAAGGACGAUGUCAUCGCGGCGCUGCAGCGAGACACCCUUCCUCCCCGUGCAGUACUAAGCACUCCCCCACGCGAGAGACCCUGACCUACGCGCAGGCCCAGAGGAUGGUUGAGAUAGAGAUCGAGGGGCGCCUCCAUCGGAUCAGUAUUUUUGAUCCCCUGGAGAUCAUACUGGAAGAUGACCUCACGGCUCAAGAGAUGAGCGAAUGCAACAGCAAUAAAGAAAAUAGCGAGAGGCCGCCGGUGUGCUUAAGAACUAAGCGCCACAAAAACAACCGAGUCAAAAAGAAAAACGAAGCCCUCCCCAGUGCCCACGGCACGCUGGCUUCGGCCAGCGCGCUUCCGGAGCCCAAGGUGCGGAUCGUGGAGUACAGCCCGCCGUCCGCCCCCAGGAGGCCCCCGGUGUACUACAAGUUCAUCGAGAAGUCGGCCGAGGAGCUGGACAACGAGGUGGAGUACGACAUGGACGAGGAGGAUUACGCCUGGCUGGAGAUCGUCAACGAGAAGCGCAAGGGCGACUGCGUGUCGGCCGUGUCGCAGAGCGUGUUCGAGUUCUUGAUGGACCGCUUCGAGAAGGAGUCCUACUGCGAGAACCAGAAGCAGGGGGAGCAGCAGUCCCUGAUCGACGAGGACGCCGUGUGCUGCAUCUGCAUGGACGGCGAGUGCCAGAACAGCAACGUGAUCCUCUUCUGCGACAUGUGCAACCUGGCCGUGCACCAGGAGUGCUACGGGGUGCCCUACAUCCCCGAGGGCCAGUGGCUCUGCCGACACUGCCUGCAGUCCCGGGCCCGGCCCGCCGACUGCGUGCUCUGCCCGAACAAGGGAGGUGCCUUCAAAAAGACGGACGACGACCGCUGGGGCCACGUGGUGUGCGCCCUGUGGAUCCCGGAGGUCGGCUUCGCCAACACGGUGUUCAUCGAGCCCAUCGACGGCGUGAGGAACAUCCCCCCGGCCCGGUGGAAACUGACGUGCUACCUCUGCAAGCAGAAGGGCGUGGGCGCCUGCAUCCAGUGCCACAAGGCAAACUGCUACACGGCCUUCCACGUGACGUGCGCCCAGAGGGCCGGCCUCUACAUGAAGAUGGAGCCCGUGAAAGAACUCGCGGGCGGCGCCACGACCUUCUCUGUCAGGAAGACCGCUUACUGUGACGCCCACACGCCCCCGGGCUGUACGCGGAGGCCCCUGAACAUUUACGGGGAGGUGGAAAUGAAAAACGGUGUCUGUCGAAAAGAGAGCUCCGUCAAAACGGUCAGGUCCACGUCCAAGGUCAGGAAGAAAGCAAAAAAGGCGAAGAAGACGCUGAGUGAGCCCUGUGCGGUCCUGCCGCCCGUGUGCGCCCCGUAUAUCCCCCCUCAGAGAUUAAAUAGGAUUGCGAAUCAGGUGGCCAUUCAGCGGAAGAAGCAGUUUGUGGAGAGAGCCCACAGCUACUGGCUGCUCAAAAGGCUGUCGAGGAACGGCGCCCCCCUGCUGCGGCGACUCCAGUCCAGCCUGCAGUCCCAGAGGAGCACGCAGCAGAGAGAAAAUGACGAGGAGAUUCAAGCUGCCAAAGAGAAGCUGAAGUACUGGCAGCGGCUGCGGCACGACCUGGAGCGCGCGCGGCUGCUGAUCGAGCUCCUGCGCAAGCGGGAGAAGCUCAAGCGGGAGCAGGUGAAGGUGGAGCAGAUGGCCCUGGAGCUGCGGCUGACGCCGCUCACGGUGCUGCUGCGCUCCGUGCUGGACCAGCUGCAGGAGAAGGACCCGGCUCGGAUAUUCGCCCAGCCGGUGAGCCUGAAGGAGGUGCCAGAUUAUUUGGAUCACAUUAAACAUCCCAUGGACUUUGCCACAAUGAGGAAACGGUUAGAAGCUCAAGGGUAUAGACACCUCACUGAGUUUGAGGAGGAUUUUAAUCUCAUUGUAGAUAACUGCAUGAAGUACAAUGCCAAGGACACGGUGUUUUAUAGAGCCGCCGUGAGGCUGCGCGAUCAGGGCGGUGUUGUUCUGAGGCAGGCCAGGCGCCAGGCCGACAGCAUCGGCUUCGAGGAGGCCUCGGGGAUGCACCUGCCUGAGCGGCCUGCUGCGGCCCCUCGGCGGCCUUUCUCCUGGGAAGACGUGGACAGGUUGCUGAACCCAGCCAACAGGGCCCACAUGGUCCUAGAGGAGCAGCUAAGGGAGCUGCUGGACAAGCUGGACCUCACGUGCGCCAUGAAGUCCAGCGGGUCUCGGAGCAAGCGGGCCAAGCUCCUGAAAAAGGAGAUCGCGGUCCUUCGGAACAAGCUGAGCCAGCAGCACAGCCAGCCCCCGCCCGCGGAAUCAGGUAUUGGAAGCUUUGAAGAGGAAAGUGCUCAGCUGGGGCAGGAGACGGGGGAGGAAGGAGAUAAAUCUCCCCCUAAACUUGAACCAUCAGAUGCAUUACCUCUUCCUUCAAACUCGGAGACUAAUUCAGAACCACCAACCCUCAAACCAGUAGAACUGAACCCAGAGCAGAGUAAACUAUUCAAAAGAGUCACAUUUGAUAAUGAAUCACAUAGCACUUGCACUCAGAGCGCACUGGUAAUCGGACACCCUCCAGAGCCCACCCUCGCCAGUAGUGGCGAUGCGCCGGCGGCGGCGGCCUCCGCGGUGGCGGAGCCAUCAAGCGAUGUAAACAGACGCACUUCUGUUCUCUUCUGCAAAUCGAAAAGUGUAAGCCCCCCAAAGUCUGCCAAGAACACUGAAACCCAGCCAACUUCUCCUCAGCUAGGGACCAAAACCUUUUUGUCUGUAGUCCUUCCGAGGUUGGAGACUCUUCUGCAGCCAAGAAAAAGGUCGCGGAGCACCUGCGGCGACUCCGAGGUGGAGGAGGGGUCCCCGGGAAAGCGCCUGGACACAGGUCUCACCAAUGGCUUUGGGGGCGCACGGAGUGAGCAGGAGCUGGGGGGCGCCCCGGGGAGGAGAGCUGCGCCCCGACGACGCUGCGCCUCGGAGUCCAGCAUCUCGUCCAGCAGCAGCCCUCUCUGUGACUCCAGCUUUAGCGCACCCAAGUGCGGCCGGGGCAAGCCCGCUCUGGUGCGCAGACACACGCUGGAGGACCGCAGCGAGCUGAUCUCCUGCAUCGAGAAUGGGAACUACGCCAAGGCGGCCAGGAUCGCCGCAGAGGUCGGUCAGAAGAGCAUGUGGAUUUCCUCCGACGCCGCGGCCUCUGUUCUCGAGCCUCUGAAAGUCGUGUGGGCCAAGUGCAGCGGCUACCCCUCGUAUCCGGCCCUGAUCAUCGACCCCAAGAUGCCGCGCGUGCCUGGCCACCACAACGGGGUCACCAUCCCGGCCCCACCGCUGGACGUGCUGAAGGUCGGCGAGCACAUGCAGACCAAGGCUGACGAGAGGCUGUUCCUCGUUCUCUUUUUUGACAACAAGAGAAGCUGGCAAUGGCUCCCCAAGUCCAAAAUGGUCCCCCUCGGCAUGGACGAGACCAUAGACAAACUGAAAAUGAUGGAGGGGAGAAACUCCAGCAUCAGGAAGGCUGUGAGGGUCGCCUUCGACCGCGCGAUGAGCCACCUGAGCCGUGUGCACGGGGAGCCCACCAGCGACCUCAGCGACAUCGACUGACCUGCCCGCCUUCCCGUGGCCUUGUCCAUAGUGUGGAUAAGCUGUAUAUGCGUGUAUAUUGUUCCAGACUUAACUUAUUCUGAUCUCUAGGCCUGGUUCUUUAAUUCUCCCUCCCCGGGGAGGGCAGGUUUUAUUUCCAAGUUCUCUGUGAAACCGUCCCCGUCUGGGCGCUCUGUGAAUGGCGUGGGCGCGUCUGCUGAGCUCCUCCCGUGCCCGGCACGGGUCACGCCGGAGGCUGCACCUGCGUCACUUUCUUUGAUCUGUAGCUUUUUUUUAAAGACUUUUGAAUGUUUAAUAAUUUUGUAAAUCAUACUCUUUACACGGAGUACCACUAUUUAAUAAGACGGGAUGUAAAUUUACAAUGACAAAUGUGUAUUUUAAGAAAGAAAAUGACAUUAUUUUGAAUGGUACUUUGUGGAAAGAGGUGGAGAAUAGAUUUAUGCUGUGUACAUCACUUGCAAAUCACCAAAAACACUCCGCCCCCCCCUGUGGGGGCUGGGGCAGGCGCUUACCCCCCCCCCCCGCCCCUCCCCCGUGUCGCCGUCCUCACCGUCCUCGUCCGCCUCCUCCGCCCGUCUGCCCCAGCUUUCCACGGGAGUGCCUCCAGCGGGUUAUUUAUUGUAGAAAGUGUAUUCAUUUGCUUUAUAAUGAAAAAUAAAUUUGCAAAAGUAUAUUGAUAUGCAUUUUUAUACAGGCACAUACAGAUUCGACUUGCUUUGGGAGCAGGAUGUGUUGGUUGUUGUGUAAAUGACUCUGGCUGUGUGUUCUUUGAUUUUGUAACUUGUAAUCUUUUGUUUACAAUGAGGGGCUUUCUGUAACUUGUUUUAAUUUAGAACACUUUGGUAGCAAUAGAAACUUUGGAUACAUUUUUGUAUGGUACAUGUGAUGUAUAUAGAAUUAGUACUUUAUUUUUAUUUUUAAGAGGUAAAGCAUUAUGUUAGGGGAAAAGGUAGGGUGGGUUUCCAAAAAUGCGGUUUUUAUAUUAAAAAAUAAAGUCAAGAUUUGGACGGUG